AUUUAAACCUACUAAAUAUGUCCCUGUCGCUACAGCAGCUGCUUUAUUAGUGGGUUCGACUACUUUAUUUUUCGUUUUCACGGGGUGACUUCACCAGCAUGCUGCCAGCAACUGUGGAUACUUUGGAUCAGCUGCAGAAGGAGGAUCACUCUGGAAGAUCCUGAGAUGAAGACCCCUGCUAUGGACGGGAUGAAGGGGAGAUAUGGAUGCAGAUUCAAACAAUGCUGUGAACCAGGAACUGUUUGAAACUCUACAGAAGUCCAGUUAGGCCUGCCGGACAAGUGCAGAUGAAUCUGCAGAUGAAGGGGAUGGGAGCGCAGGUGCCCCUGGCUAACAAGAGCCAUCUCCCCAGCCAUUCCUGUGUACAAUGGGCUCCUGUUCUUGUUCGUACUUGCAAACUUCAGCAUGGCAACUUUCAUGGACCCUGGAGUUUUUCCACGAGCAGAUGAAGAUGAAGAUAAAGAUGAUGACUUCCGAGCUCCGCUGUACAAGAAUGUGGAGAUUAAAGGAAUCCAAGUACGGAUGAAAUGGUGUGCCACCUGCCAUUUCUAUCGCCCACCCCGUUGCUCCCAUUGCAGUGUCUGUGACAACUGUGUUGAGGACUUUGACCACCACUGCCCUUGGGUCAACAAUUGCAUAGGACGGAGGAACUACCGAUAUUUUUUCCUCUUCUUGCUGUCCUUAAGCACACACAUGGUCGGAGUGUUCACCUUUGGACUGAUCUAUGUUUUAAACCAUAUGGAAAAUCUGGGAGCAGCUCACAACACCAUUACCAUGGCUGUCAUGUGUGUGGCUGGAUUGUUUUUUAUCCCAGUCAUUGGUCUCACAGGUUUCCAUAUUGUUCUAGUGGCACGAGGGCGCACAACCAAUGAGCAGGUGACGGGUAAGUUCCGUGGGGGUGUGAAUCCUUUCACUCAAGGAUGUUGUGGUAACGUGGAACAUGUGCUCUGCAGCCCUCUGGCUCCCAGGUACAUUGUUGAGCCACAGCAACAGCAGGUGGUGAGUGUGAAGCCUCCUUUCUUCAGACCAGAUCUAUCUGAGCGACAGAUCACAGUGAAAAUAAGUGACAAUGGAAUCCAAGCUAAUCUUAACCGAAGCAAGUCUAAAGUUAGCCUGGAAGAUCUGGAGGAUAAAACCAUGGACAUCCAGCCACCUUUGCCUCCCAAAGGAGACCCAAGCAAGUACUCUGAACUAAAGGGGCCGCUGGGAACCAAUGAAGAGAAUGGUCUUUCACCUAAAUUGAUCAGUCCCCCAACACCUGCCAUGUAUAAGUAUCGACCAGCUUUCAGCAACAAUCCCAAAGUCCACUAUCAUGCUGCAGCUGAGCAGAUCACCAUGCAGGAGGGACACAAGCAAGGAGUUUUGAUUGAAGAAAACAACCAGAGCCUUGAUUUCCAAUCAGAGCCCAACCUGGACAUCCCGAACUACAGGAAGAGCUCCCUUCACAAGACUUAUCAAUCUUCCCCACUCCAGAUAGACUCCUUUGCCGUCAAUUCGCGAUCCCUGAGCUUGAAGUCUGCCAGCAGGAGAGGGACAGACAAAGUGCCACUUCAUCCAAUAAAAUCGGAAGGGGCUGCUUCCACCCCUUACAAAAGCGUCUUUUCCCCUAGCUCACUGUCAAACAGAAAUGGAAGUCUGUCUUAUGACAGUCUGCUAAACCCCACAUCCCCCUCUGGGAGGAAAUGCAUAGCCCAUUCUGCUGUCGGCUCCGUUGGGUACCAUUCGCCAUAUUUGUCAGCCAAAAUGUGCCACCUCCGGGGGAGUGAGCUGCAGCGCCAAGCUCCACAGAGUUUCAGCCCAGUGCUGGGAGGCCCAGCUCCGCACCAGCGGGACCCCUCUCCCGUCCGUUAUGACAACCUUUCAAAAACCAUCAUGGCAUCCAUCCAGGAGAGGAAAGAAAUGGAAGAGAGGGAGAAGCUCCUCCACUCUCACCCAGAUUCGGUGUUUGCAGACUCAGGUGUGUACGACACCCCUAGCUCUUAUAGCCUUCAACAAGUCAAUGCGCUGUCUGAAGAUGCUCGCAACAUGGUGAUAAGAUAUGGCUCCAGAGACAAUUUGAUGACUGGAACCAGUUUUAGCACAAGGAACCCUUUACUGCAGUCCUCUGUGUCUUCCCUCUCAAGUGCAAUGGCCAGGGCACCAAGGACUUCCACAACUUCCCUUCAAGCCGAUUUAGCCAAUAAUAAUGUCCAGUCCCAUCAGGCACUACAGGGCAGGCUGAGCAAUGGCUCCUACAAGUCACCAGGCCAUCAGGCCCCAUCAUCUCCUACAGGGAUGCCUAGGUCACCCUCAUACGGAGGUCUGAAGGCCGUCUCAUUUGUGAACACUGUGGAAAUAACGGAAGUGCAAUCGGUGGGAGUACAAAGGGAAGACAUGCAGUUGAAGACACCUCACAGUAAAAUAAACGGACAGCCAAAAGGGAUUUCCAGGGCAGAUUGUCGACUGGGUUCAACAUCAAGUUUCCAGGGGGGCCCGGUCAGUCCUGCUAGACACUCAAACGUUAAGAAGGUAUCUGGCGUUGGUGGAACAACCUAUGAAAUUUCAGUGUAAAAUUAGGAGGCGGGGGUG